UGGUUAUGUGUGUUUCAAAAUAUUUUUUAUAAAAAAAUAACAUUCAAACUGAAUGUUUCCUUAUAUUUUUGUGUACAUAUAAAAAAAAAAUUUUGAAUAUUGCAUGGUUUUAGGAUGAUUAAUGUAACAUACUUGUUUGCAAUAAUUAUCGCUAUACUCAGCAUAAUAACAUUAACACCAACUAUUUUUUCAAUUGGUAUUUACUUAAUAAUUACAAUCGCAUCCAGUGUAUUUGGUAUUGUAAUUGCAAUAUGGAUACAUAUAAAAUUAUCUUCACAACAUACCACUGGUGCUGGAAUCGAACGGGUCUUACAAAAUUUAUCAGACUAUCGUAGCAUUCUUAUGAAUCAACCCGAAUAUGACAAAACACCUAAACAUCAAGUUCAACGUUUUCCCGUUAUAUUUGGACGUACGGUGGAUAGUCUUGUGCAUCAAUUAUUGGACAAUUUUCUACGAGAUUAUGUAAAUGUUUGGCUUAAACAAUAUGCCUAUAAAUCUGAUAAAUUAAUUGAUCAACUGAAAGAAGAUAUUUGGGGAGGUAUUCAAAAUUUACAUGAUAGAGCAUCACGUAUUGAUCACACAAAAUUAAUUGCUGUUGAUAUGAUCACACGAAUAACAUUCCAUUUUGAAAAAAUUCGUAUUGAACAAACCAUCGGAAUUGAAAAAAAUAAGCCUCCAGUAUUUUCUUUAUCCCCACAUUUAUUAUCUUCCGACAAGGAAUUAGAAUAUUUACGAAAAUUGAGUGAAAUGUUGAUUAUGUUUUUACUGCCACGGGGUUAUUCUUUAUCUCCUGCCAAAUAUUUAUUAAGAGAAAUAUUAGCUUGUAAAGUUUUCUUACCUACAAUAAAUUGUAUCACUGAACCCGAUUAUAUAAAUCAAAAAAUUGUCAAUUAUAUUGAAAGUCAAAAAGCUUCAGCAGAAUUACAUCGAAGCUAUGAGCUUAUUGGUAGUUUUGAAGAUUUUAUACGACAUAUACAUGGUACUACGGAUAUUGAAAUCUUAAAAAAUUUAAGAUAUGAACUUGUAACGGAAAUAAUGAAAGCAACAACAAUACAAAAUUUGAAACGUGCCAAAGGUGUGAAUCCUGACAUGAAUAAAAAUUCAAAUAUACCUGGCGGUGUGGGUAAAGCUGAUGUAUUAGCUGCGAAAAAAUUAAAACGUUAUAUUGGCCAACUGACAAUUGCUAAAAUGCAAUGUGAAAAACGUUUAACAUCAUUAGGUUGGAAUGGUGGAUUUUCGAUAGCGGAUAAUAACGAUGGUAUUUUAAAUUUAAACACAAUAUUAGAUAAUUUAAUAGGACGAAAAUAUUUAACGUUAUUUUUGGAAACUAUGGCUAGUCAAGAUUUAGUUGGAUAUUGGUCAGCAGUCGAAGAAUUACGUAUUGCACAUAGAAGUCAAUGGCAUCAACUUGGUGCCGAAAUAUUUUAUACAUUUAUUCGUUCACCGACUGCUGAAAUUAAAGUUGAUAAAUUAACACGAAAACGUAUGGAAUCAUUUUUAUUAGGUGAUAAGGGACCAGAAGUAUUUUUUGAAGUACAACAAACAGUAUUUCAAACAAUUGAACAAAAAUAUUAUCAACCAUUUGUAAUUAGUUCGUAUUAUAAACAAAUGAUUGAAGCAAUGAAUGCUGAAAAUAAUAGUUCGGAUCAAGAUUUACAAUUAUCAUUGGAAGAAAGAACAUCAUUGGAUGGUGAAGCAAAUAGUAAUACGGAUGUCACAAAUACAAUUCACGUCGGUGAUCAUUCAACAUAUGCAAAAAGAAAAUUAUGCCAAUUACAAGAAAAAUUAAAUAAUAAAAUGCAAGCAUUACAAGCGUUACGUACAUCGCUGAAACCUGAAUCAAAAGUAUUAGCAUUUUUAGAGCGUGAAGUUGAAUGGUUACAAGGGGAAAAACGACAAUUAGAAGCACAUAUUACGCGUACCGAAGUAUGGAGUGAAAAUUUAGGAAAAUGGAGAGCUGUUGUACAAAGUGCUGAGAUUCCUGAUGAAAAAGAGCCUCCACAAUUUGUGAUUGUCGUCCAUAUGGAAGAAGAUGGAAAUAAUGGUGAAGAAGGUAUUAGUUCUGGAUGGGUCGUAUUACGAACAUUAGCACAUUUUCAAGAAUUACAUCGAAAAUUGCGCCCAUUAUGUUCGGGCGUUAAAAAUUUAGAAUUACCAUCAAAUUCAUUUAAAUUAUUAAGUUUUGGAAAAUUUGACCAUUCAUCGUUAAUUAAAGCCAAAUAUCAAAUACAAAAAUAUUUAGAGUUUAUAUUAGCCGACGAUCGUUUGAAUCAAAGCGAAGCUUUAUAUUCGUUUUUAAGUCCAAGUUCUGAUCAUUUGAAAUAUUCAACACCAUCACCAAAAAAAUCCAAAUUUUCAUUUGCAACAUUAUUUAAAAGUGGUAGCGGUGAUUCUUCACAAACACGGACCGAUAUAUCCGGUAGCAGUAGCGGUCAUCAUAACAUUAAUAAUGAUGAUGAGGACACAAUUAUAUCACAAUGUUUAGAUGCACCAGGUGCAAGCGAUAUUGAUCAAAUGUCGUCGAACCGUGUUAAUAAUUACGGUGGUACACGAUUUGGUAUUGAUGCCGAUAAUAAAGAUCAAAUUGCUGAACCAUUGUACGCACUUAUGGGUGAAAUAUUCGAUAUGCGUGGUGUAUUUAAAUUUUUACGCCGUAGUUUAAUUACAUUCGUACAAAUUACAUAUGGACGAACAAUUAGCCGACAAAUCCGUGAAAUUAUUACAUGGUGUUUUUGCGAAUCAAUGUUACAUUAUUAUUUAACACUGUUUAUAAAAAGUUGGUGGCCUGGAGGAGAAUUAGCUGCAAAUGAUAGUAUUCGAACACGUGAACAGAAAAUUGAGACAGCAAUAACAGCACGUAAAAUGUUUGUGAAUAACGUUCCAGAGGUAUUAACAAAUUUAGUGGGAACACAAACGGCGAAACGUGGUGCGUUGAAAGUUUUUGAAAUUGUACAAAAUCCACGUAUGAAUAAACAAUUGUUUUAUGAUCUUCUAGAAAUAUUACUAAAAGAAGUAUUUCCAGAAUUAAAACAUCAAUAGUGAAUCUAAUAACUAAUAAUGCAUACUCUCAAAACCAAAGACCCCAUUUUUAUAAUACUCUAACAAACUAUAAUAAAACAAGGAUCAGCAACAAAACAAGGCAGUAAAAAUUUAAGUGUAAUAUACAUAUUUAAUAUAUAAA